AUGGCGGAUCAAAAUCUAUCUGAGCUCGUGAAUUCAGAUGGUGUUUCAGGGGUUUGUAUGAUGAGCAACACAUGGAAAGUUGAACAACACCCAUCUUUCAUUAACUUCAUCUCCACCUUCCUCAAUGCAAAUUCUUUCCGUCUUAACUUCGUUGGAAUCGCCCCCGAUUUUAUUUUCAAUUGUGGUGGUUCGUCGGUGGCAUUUAUCUUCUUGACGAACUGGGAUUGCACUAAUGUCUCCCCAGUCUUUGGCAGAAUUCAGAAACUGAGGUUACAGUUCGCACACUUAUAUGUUGUCAUCACUCUCGCUACCAAGGAGCAAAAUGAUUCAUUUGUUCGUUCUUAUUUCAAAUUUGGGACGGAACUUGGCAAGCCAACCUUUGUACCUGUUCAAGACAUGGAGAUGGGGUUUGAGAAGAUUGUGAAGAUAGCUCACUCUCUUGGAGUAUGCAAGCAGCAAGAUGCCACGACAAAAUUGAAGUCUGAGAGGAAACAAGCAGUGCAAGGAAUGGACGUCUUCCGACAAGUGGUCACAUCCAUCCCAGGGAUUGACGCUCAUGAUGCGAAUGCGCUUAAUCAAGCUAUUGGUUCGAUUGAAGCUAUUGCCAAGGCAUCCAAGGAGUAUAUUCUGGAAAACACAGAUCUUUCAGCUGAAAAGGCAGAGGUUAUUUUUAGGUUUUUCCGGGAUCCAAAGUUCUACCUAAGUCCCAAGAUCAAUUGAUGAAAG